AUGACAACAAUUGAGCGCGUUGGUAUUCAAGGCGUGCGGAGCUUUGGCCCCGAGUCGCUCGAGACAAUUUCCUUCGGGACGCCUCUUACCGUCAUAGUUGGUCACAAUGGGGCAGGCAAAACGACCUUAGUCGAGUGCUUGAAAUACGCAUUGACUGGAGAAAUGCCACCCUCUGCUGACAGGGGAAAGGGCUGGCUGUUCGAUCCUCGACUGACGGACAGCCCAGAGGUUAAGGCGCAAAUCCGAGUCUCCUUGAGACAGGAGAGGCAGAAGAAGAGAAUUCUGGUCGUCAGGUCCAUGCAACUUUCACACACACUCGACAAGCAGAGAAGACUCAAGCCGCAGUUCAAAGCCUUAGAGGCUGUCCUGCAGGUGAAGGACGAAGACGGCCAGACGGCAUCCAUUAGCCACAAAUGCGUCAACAUCGAUGAGCAGCUCUCCAGUCUACUGGGCAUUUCCAAGCCGGUGCUGGAGCAUGUCGUGCUGUGCCACCAAGAGGAAAGCUGCUGGCCAAUGGGUGACAUGCAAUCCCUUAAGAAGCGGUUUGAUUCUCUCUUUGACGCAACGCGUUAUGUGAAGGCGCUUCAAGCUAUUCGAGCCGCGAAAAAAGUGCAUGCAACGGAGCUCAAAGAUCGCGAAAAUGAUCUCCGUAUCCUGGGAGUGCACCGUGAUGCAGCGAAGGCUCUGCAGCUGCAGCUGCAGCAGCAGCAGGAAGCGAUAGACGCAGCUGCUGACGAUAUCGCGCAGCAGCAGCAGGAGCUGCUUCGACGAGAGGCCGCCACUGCAGCUGGCGACGAAGUGCUGAAACGCGUGCAACAGCUGCAGCAGCAGCUGCUGGUAGCGGAGGAGAUGGAGGCACUGCAACAGCAGAAGCUGCAGGAGCUGCAAAAACAGCUAGAGCGGCAGCAGCGACGCCAGCAACAGGAGGAGGGAGAAGAAGAAAUCGACGACGCACCAGUUGUCUUCGAAGAGCCUCUAGAGGAACUGGAAGAACUGCUUGGCACCAUCUCCCAAGAGUAUAAGGCUAAGAGCGAGCGACGGCAAGCCGUGUCCAACAAGGUGAACGCCCUCCAGGAGCAGCAGCUGCAGCUACAGCAGCAGUUGCAGCAAGAGGUUGCGAAGGCGGCAGACGGCUUGAAGGCUGAGGAACGGCGAGACGCAGCCAGGCAGCAGCAGCGCACGCUGCUGGAUAAGCUGGCCGCAGUCCUUCCGUACAGUCAGCAGCACUUGCAGCAGGCUCCUCAGGAGGCCAUAUCCCUGUGUGCUGCGGAGUCGCAAAAGCUGAGGCGACAGCAAGCAGCAGCUGCCAAGGAGCUGCACGUCCACCUGCAGCAGAGGCAGCACAUACUGCAGCAGCUGCAGCAGAAGGAGCAGCAGCAGCAGGCAGCCGUGAGUGCUUCUCUGAGCCUGCGAAGCCAUCUGCAGCAGCAACUGCAGCAGCUGCAGCAGAAGCUGCUGCAGCUGCCUUCCACGCAGCAGUGCUCUCAGGCGGUUCGUACCAGCGAAGUGCAGCUGCAGCAGCUUCAGCGGGAUGCAGAGGCACACGAUGAAGCUCAGAUCACGCGUCUAGAGGCCUUAAGUGCCACUUGCGGAGAGUCGCUGCAGCAGCUGCAGCAAAGACGGCAGGAGUUGCAGGCGUCGCAGCACGCGUUGCGGCAGCAUGAAGCCCUCGGAGUGUCUCUCCAGGUUGCUCAGCAGUUGUUGCAGCAGAAGCAAGACUUGCUGCAGCAGAAGCAAGCGCUGCUGCAGCAGAAGCUUGCUGCGCUUCCCGAUUGGAAGAGUGAAAGCUCUCAAGAUCUCCGCCGAGUCGAGCAGCAGCUUGCCGCUGCUGCCGCUGCCGCAGCUAACGAGUGGCAGCAACAACAGAAACAGCAACAAGCGGCAGACGACGCAGCAUCCCGCAGCACAGCAAAGACGCAGCUCUUGCACCAGCAACUUGCUGCCGCGGCAGCUUCCUGCAUGCGGCUAGCCGAGCAAGCACAAAUUGCAAAGUGCCUCCUCCUGCAAAGCAGCAGCAGUAGCAGCAGCAGCAGCAUUCCAUGCUGGAAGGCUGUGGCGCGCUGGAAUGUCGCUCCGGUAACAACCGCCGCAGUCACUCAGCUGCAAAGGUGUCAGCACGAGGAAACACAGUUGAGGGAGCAAGUCUGCGAAGGAGGUCACAAACAGCGAUGGUUUAGAGGCUUAGCUGCAGAGGCUGCGGUGCAGGGUUCAUGUCCUCUCUGCUGCCAAAGCCUUGGAGGCUCCGCGGGUGUCGAAGUGCUUCACCAAAAUGUGGAACGGAGACUGAGCCAGCUGCUUCCAGAGGCGCAACAACAGAUUCAGAAGCAGCUCGAUGCUGCCCACACACAACUGCAACAGCUGCAGCAAGACGGCCAAACGGUGCAGCAACUAGCAGCUAAACACAAGGAGCUGCUGGCAAGCGCUGAAGCCCUUGAUCUGCAUCAACAGGUGGAAGAAGACCUGCAUGCAGCUGCAGCGGCUGCUGCUGCAUGCGCGGCUGCAGCAGCAGAAAAAGCGCAUGAUCUGGAAGCCGCCCAUGCGGAGGCUCUUGGUGCAGUAGAGGCCUCGUCAGCGGUGGCAGCUUCACGGCAUGAGGUGGACGCCAUAGACGCCAAGCUGCGUGCAGCAGCAGGCCUGCAUGCGGAUGUCAACACUGGCAGCAGCAGCAGCAGCGGCGAGCUGCAGCAGCAGCUGAAUCAUCUGGAGGCUCAGAUCGCGGAAGCCUUCGCGGACAGAGAAGCCGCGCAGCAGCAGCUGCAGCAGCUGCAGCGCCGGCAACUGGAGAGACAGCAGCAGGAGCUUCAGCUGAAAGCACACUUGACUGAACGCCAACGAAUGCUGCUCCAAAUUACAGAGAUGGAGCAGCAGCAGGAGCAGCUGCAGAGGCGACUGGAAGACGCAAUCGCUGCUUCCUUACAGCAAGAGCAGCAGAAGAUGGAGGAGGCAGAGGCAGCAGUCUCAGCUGCGACGGAGUCGACAACCGGUGUGAGGCUGCAGCAGCUGCGGCAGCGGCAGCAAGAACUCACAGCAGCACUGCAGCAGGAGCAGCAGCACCAAGAGCAGCUAAACGCAGCGUUUGACAAGGGGCAGCAGCUGCUGCAGCACGUCCGCGACAGCAUAGACGUCAAACGGCAGCAGCAGCAGCUGCAGCAGGCCGAGGAGGCUGCUGCAAAACUGCGGGUUGAACUUCAAGAGGCCGUUAAACAUGGAGUGAACGCGCUCAAGGGGCACCUUGAACCCGCAGCAACGCAUGUGCAGCACCAACAAAUCACUGCAGAAGCACUGGAGAGCGUGGUCAAUCUCUUAAGAAAGCGAACCACAGAAACAGGGCAGGCGCUUGCAGAACUUCGGGGAGCGAUUGCAGCUCGAGAAGAGAGGCGGCAGCAGUUGCGGCAAGAUCUGAAUAGUGCAACUUACAAGCGAAUCGAUGCGCGGUACCUCGAAGACUGCGAGGCUGAGCGGCUCGCCGUUCAAGACAUCGACAAAUACCACAAGGCGCUGGACAGAGCCCUCAUGAGUUAUCAUAGUGCCAAGCUCUGGCAAACGGUAUACUCCGGGGCUGAUAUUGACACGAUUGCGAUUCGGUCUGCUGUUGCAACUGGCGAAGAGACUACGCAGCAAUCAGCGCUGAUGAACGUCGGCGGCGUAGCCGCGGGGGAGCGGUCCUACAAUUAUAGAGUUGUCAUGCGCAGCCCUAAUGGCAAGGAAAUAGACAUGCGUGGCAGGUGCUCUGCAGGCCAGAAAGUUUUGGCCUCGUUGGUGAUCCGUCUCGCCCUAGCCGAGUGUUUCUGCGCUUCUUGUCAGCUGCUCGCUCUCGACGAGCCGACAACGAACCUUGAUAUGUACAAUUGCGAGAGCCUGGCGAAGGCGUUGGCGCGGCUGGUUAAGGCGCGGCAAGGUAGCCGUUCGUUUCAGUUGCUGCUCAUCACGCAUGAUGAGUCUUUUGUCUACAAAUUGGGUCGCGAAGGCCUUUGCGACACUUACCUCAAGGUUAGAAAGGACAGUAAUGGCCGCAGCAAGCUGUCAUCUGCAGUUCUACACGUGUAA